AUGAUCUUGAUUUUUUUAGCUAGUGUGGCUCUCUCCACUGUGGAGUCCAGCAUGUACAACACCGUCCAGGCUCUUCUAAAAGAACUGAGCAGCCAAAGUGCUCAGGAGAAAGGACUGAUUCGAUGGAGCCUUCAGAAGAAGCUAGAGGCCAAUCCAUCCUGCAGCGUUUCACUGAUCAGAGUUCUGGUCAAAGAACUGUACAAGCAGAUACAGUUUAAUAAAACACGAUCCUACACGCAUACCAUUCCAGUGCUGCACACUCUCUACUAUGUGGUUAUGCAGUCUGGUGCCAUGAUUCCUACCAGCGUUUACCAGACAGUGUAUGAGUGCUUGAUGAAACUGCUGUUAUUACCGUCUCCUUACUCUGCUGUGGCCCUGUGUACUCUGAGGAGCAUCAAGAUGGAAAUGACCACACCAGGCUCCUUAUACCACAGGAGAGUCACUGCAGAGCAAAACUUGAAAAAUGAGCAUUUCUUCUUGCAGGAAAAGGUGUUUGUGCUUGCUGACCCAGCUGUUUUUUCUGCUCCACUGGAAGCGGCAGUGAGAACACACUUGGAGGCGUCCAGCUUUCUCAGGAACACGUCAACCAUGGAGAAAAGUGUGAUGCUACAUGUGCUGCAAACGGGACUGGGGACGACCUGCCAAAGCUCCAGACUGGCUCAGGCUCUGGAGGCUCUCAAGGAACAUAUGGUGGAGACGUUUUUCCAGGAAGUGGGUCAAGCAGUGGAGAAGAGUUUGAAGCAUGGUGCAGGUGGUCGUGCAAGCUAUCUAAACAGAUUACAACAGAUAUACAGAGACAUCCUGACAGCCUCUAAAGAAGGUGUGUAUCCUGCGCUCUAACGAACCAAGCUAGCUCACGGCUCUGCGAGCAGCACUACAAUGCCCUAUCCAGAGAUCAACUUCCUCUUGUGGGGAGAUGAAGAGGAUCUAUGGGAUCUACUGGCAAACUUCGCCAUGUGUUGCGGGUCUACCUCAACUACUUUUGAUGAAGAAGAAAAGCACAAAAGGGAUUCAGGUCGGUCCGAGGACAGUGGGAUAGAGAGAGAUCUUAAAGAGAGUGACUUUGAUGACACAGCGCAGCCUGCAUCCAUAAAUCCUGUGCCAGCAUUCACAAGGAGAAACGCCUUUAAGACCAUGAAGACGGCACGCAAACUGAGCCUAAUGAGCAAAAGACAGGAAAUGUUUCCUGGAGGCUCUCUUCUUUUCAAUGAAGACAGCAGGCGUCACACAGCGCGGGUGGUGGUACUAGGGGACGACCGUGUGCUCGGAAGACUUACCAGGGCUUAUCACUCCAUUCGAGAGAGAGAGUCAAAGAAUCUUAUUUUGACCAAGACACUGAACCUGCGUUUGUACUACAUCCCCGUCACUGAUGUGGCGCCCUCCGUCAGUUCCCCUAAUAGCCAAUGUGAGAAUGAAGGGAGAUUGUCUCUCGCCUCCUUACUGGGAAAAGUUGAUACAUGGUACCACAGCAACAUCAACAGUCUGGGAGCAGCGAUCUCUAAACUGGGAGGAAAGCAGUUUAACCCCAGAGAGCCACUGGAGCCAAACGUCUUCCUACUGGACUCCCUGUGUUACUACCUCCGCUGUGGGACGCAGCCAGUUAACCUGCCGCUGUAUUCAGUUAAGAUGACCUACUCCGACCGUGAUGUGGUGGAGAAGGUGUUUGUGUCCCACCUGGAGGUCGACAUCCCGGAGUUCAGACACCUUAAAGAAAAGUCCUCAAAGGAGCCCAGUCUACGCCGAAAGAAGCCGACAGUGGAAGUCUUUGGGUCAGUCAUCUCAGUCAGUUACAGAGAGAUCUCUUUAAGCAAACGAGAAGUCAGAAAAGCACAAGCGCCCAUGACGUGUGGCGUGGUGAUUACAUCACAGCCAGCAGCUGUAACAUCAGGCGAGGAUCACCUUUCUGUCAAGUUUCACAGUGUGAACCCAGGAAACAACACAACGAUCCAAACCCAGAACAUUAGCAUCAGUGCUCUGCAGCAUCGAACACUCACCGUGUGUCUGGACAAGGACUCCCGCAGCACAUACACUGACGUUCAAAGGGUAGAAAUUUCCCCCUGCUUGGACCCACGAUGCAGCAUCGGGUCCAGGUCCGAGCAAGAGCUGCUGUUUAGCAAGUAUCUAGACAAAGUACUGUACCUGCCAAUCAACACCUUCACUGGUGUGACCCCCUGA